CUCCUUGCCACCUUCCACUUUCUUCCACUACGCUCGCGACGAUUCCCUGCUUUUCGUAUACGACUCUAUCAUGGAGGGGCCGCUAAUAGACGAUACACGAAGGCUAGAUGAUGAGGAUACUUACGAUGCAGAACAACAGGUGGCGCAGCAGUCGCGGGCCAUCGCGGAGCGACUGCUCGCGCAAGAGAACGAACGCAACACUGUCGUAGAGGUGUACCGCGACGCUUGGCGCGACUUCUAUAACUGGGAGCCCGAACCCUGUAGUUCGCUCAUAAGGAGCCUCGCACCGGCCCACAUCGAGUGGGACGAAGUGACUGCCGUGCCUCUCGACAUCCCUGCCGAGAGCAUGGUCGUCGACGAGGUUGUUACUAGUUUAUUCCGGGUAUUUGACCUCGAGCGAGAUCGGCUCACGGUGUUGGAUGAGGAGUUCAUCCGUACCCCGGAUUUUGCGCCCCACCCCAAGUACGAGGCGUGCACCCCUACGAUGCACAUCAUCAAAUCCGACGAAGAGACUGAUUGGCUCCGCUUCAUAACUUACGCCGGCGACCCUGGGUUUGCAGAGCAAGACUUGUUGCGGGACCAUAAGCGUUAUAACUGGCAAGAUGGAAUUCGUGAUCCUGACGCGGACCUCAUCGGGCUUGAAGCAAUACAUCGCUUGGAGGGCCGCUCGCUUUCUUAUGAUACAGUCGAUGCACAUUCAGUGCUUCCCCGGCUGUUGGGACAUAAUGGUCUUAUCUGGCGCAUGUCUCAUAGGGACCUGUGGCACUGGCCAGAACUUCCUGAGCUGCUCCAUGUUCCACUUGAUGAUCAUACUCUCAAGACUCAGGUCAAUGAGUAUGUGGACAAGAUAUGCCCACAUAUGGGCUGUCUGAACAACCUCUGUUUCCCACAUAAGGAGGUUACUGAACCCUUUUUUGGGAACAAUGUGCAUGUCAACUCUCAAGUACUCAAACAGAAGGUACAGACACCAUGUGGUGACAUGUGCUGUGUUAUGGACAGGGAUAUCAUAGGCAUGCCAUCUAUGGCUGAGAUGCAGCUCAUACAAGACAUAUUAUCACUGUUGCCAGAUGAAACCCCCUGUAUACUUGCAUCAAUUGUCAGGCUACCAUGCUAUCAGGUAUACAUGCAAAGAUGUCAAUUAUUUCCUGACUAUAGUAUCAAGCCAGUCAGACAACCAAACUUGGUACCGUUGAUAAGCCACUUCAAUGAUGAGGGUGAAACUCAAGCUGCAGGAAUUGACUUCUGCUACCACCAAGGGCCAUGUGGAACUCAAUGUCCUUGCUACAAGGCUAAAAUGCAUUGCAAGAGGAAUUGCAGAUGCAGUGAGAAGUGCCAACUGAGGGCCAAAGGAUGUAAAUGCCAGAAGCCUGAGAUAUGCAAGAAUACAGAGCGGUGUCCCUGUAGGAAAGCACUGAGAGAAUGUGACCCAGAGAUGUGUGGACCCUCCAAACUGAGGAAAAAAGGCAGGAGGCAUCAAUGCCCCAACACCCACCUACAACAAGCUACUUAUCCACAACUCAUUGUCAAGAAUGGCCAACAUGGACAGGGCACUUUUGCUAAUGUGGACAUAGGAAAGGACACUGUCAUUGGAGAAUACAUUGCUGAGCUCUUCCCAAAUGAACUGUCCCACUUCCUGCAUGCACUUUUCACACACAGGCACCUCAACUACACAUUCAAUGUGAAUGUCAGAGAUGUCCUGGAUGCUGCAUGGGUUGGCAAUGAAACCAGAUAUAUGAACCAUGCUAAGGGCAAGGCAGAGAAUAUUACAGCACAUAUGAAAUGGGUGGAUGGGGAGCUCAGAAUAGCCUUUUCGAGCACCAAGAGAAUCAAGAAGGGUAAUGAACUGCUGUUCGACUAUGGAACUGAGUACUGGAAGGAUCAUGAGCAAGAGCCUUGAUAUACAGUACAUGUUCAAGUUGUCGGCACUGGUGCGAUGUCACACUACCGAGGGCAUCCAGUAUAGGACAAGAAAGAACACUAUGUGCUGACCGAGUUCGCAAUACAUAUCACCAAUCCAAUCAACUUGAAG